AUGCAAUCAUUUUAAGACACUGAUAAUAAUAGUGAAAACUUGAAUGAAGAAGAUAAGUAAUGUAAUAUUAUGUAUAACUCAAGCAGUUCAAUAAAUUAGCAGGUACCAUAGUUCCCUUAGAAAAAGGCCCCAUCAUAUUCUCGUGAUGUUCCUCAAAUACUCAAAUUAUAAAAUUAAUUUAGAAAUGCUUAAGGAAACACUCGUAGAGAAUUAGAAUGUCAAUUAAUAAAAAGGUUGGUUGAUUUGAAAAAGAAUAGUGAUUCAGAUUGGUAUAGAUUGAAUGGAGCAUGGGCAUUAAAAUAUACAACAUAUUUAUAUGAUAACUCAAGUACAUUACCUGGUCCAAUUGACAAUACUGACUUACUUUAGAAUAGAAAUCAAGUAAGAAAUGUAGAUUUCUUUGUUGUAAAUGAGACAGUUUGGAAGUUCCUACUAGAAGAGUAUAGUGGAGGUCCUGAAAUUCUGGAUGAAAAAAUUCCACCAUCUCCUACUUCUAAUGCUAGUUCUACAACAGACAGAGCAAAAUCGGUUGAUAUUAGUAUAAUUUCAAAUGUAUCAUAAUUGGAUAUAAAUCCUGAGAUUCCAAUUAAAGGAUUGAAGAAUGAAUUAUACUUUUGCUAUAUGCAUUCAACUUUAUAAUGUAUGAUGAGUAUUUAAGAGCUAAAUAAUUUUAUAUUAAAUAGCAUAAAUAGAUAACAUUAAUAAUCUAUGACAUUAUGUAGAAAUUAUUAAGAACUUCUUCGAUAACUCAAAGAUACUUAAUAUGAUUAUAUAAAAAUAAAUUCAUUGCGUAAUACUAUUAGCAAGAAAUUUAAUCCAAAACAUUAACAUGAUGCAUAAGAAUUUUUGUUGUUUUUGAUAUCUAGUUUAGAAGAUGAAAUAAAUAAUUAUAAUAGAAAACAAGGAUAAUAAUAAAAUAAAUUACCAAAUAUAAUUGAGAAAUAUCUUAAAGGAUAAAUGAUAAGUGAAAUAAUUUGUAAAAAUUGUUCACAUAAAUCAUCAAUAACAGAAGAUUUCUUAACAUUAUCUUUAGCAUUAACUAAAAUAAAUUCUAUUAAUUAAUCUUUAGAAGAUUUUCUUAAAGAUGAAUUAAUUUAAGAUUAUAAAUGUGAAUGUUGUCAUAAAAAAAAAACAGCCAUCAAAAAAACAAGAAUAACUAAAUUACCUUAAUAUUUAAUAUUACAUCUAAAAAGAUUCAAAUUUUUUCCAAAAUCAAAUAAAAUAAUUUAACAUGUAAAAUUUUCAUUAGAAUCUACUUUUUGUGGUAUUAAAUACAAUUUAGUUGGAAUUAUUGUACAUUCUGGUUCUCUAGAAUAAGGUCACUAUUAUUCUUAUUGUAAAAGAUAAAAUAAAUGGUGGUUAUUUAAUGAUCAAAAGAUUAAAUAAGUAAAUAAUAUUGAUGUACUCUAACAAUAAGGAUAUAUUUUGUUUUAUUAAUAACUUUUAUGA